UUUACCACUAAGAGCGCUGUGAUGUAAUACCAGUCCCAUUUUGUGGGAGGAUAUAACUCGUAAAUAAAACGGCGGUUUUGGAGCCUCCGAAAUGAAUCUCCUGAAUGUGUAAAAAAUGUAUCACAUGUGCAUUAUAUCUUAUUUGCAACAUAGAAGUAAUUUAAUGUUAAAAAAAUUGCAACUGAAAUUUAUUUAAAAUAUUGGCAAAGGGGUGUUGUGAAUUAUAGAAACAAACUGAAACGUCACAUUCAUUCAAAUUUUGGUAAAAUGAUAGUGCAUUUAAAAAAAUUUAUUUUACCCUUCCGCAAGUUGGAUAAAUUUGGAAAAAUACAAAAACAAUUUGUUAGACAUGAUUCUUCUCAGUCUUCACAAAAAAUCUUAGAACACCUGAAAAAUAAGAGUUUGAUACAAGUUAGAGGGAAAGAAGCUUCAAAUUUCCUACAAGGAUUGAUUACAAAUGAUAUGAAACAUUAUGAAGAAGGAGCAGCCAAUUUGUAUGCAUUAUUUCUUAACAUUAAGGGUAGAGUAAUGUAUGAUGUCAUUAUCUACAAAACUCAAGAAGAUGAUGUAUAUUAUAUUGAAUGUGAUUCACAAGCCGUUGAACCAUUGAAAAAACACUUAAAAAUGUAUCGUGUUAGGAAAAAGAUAGACAUAGAUAGUUUAGGAGAUACCAUAAAUGUUUGGACAUUUUUUGAUCCUAUGCAUUAUUUAGAUAACAAAGUUAAUGAUACUAAUAGGCAGAAGCUUGAAGGUUUAAUAUUUCCAUGUGGUAGUCUUAAUAAUAAAGUAAGCAAAGUAAUUGAUAAUAUUAUGAUAUAUGAAGAUCCCAGACUUCCAAAUCUAGGCAUGAGAAUUUUAGCUGAAACAAAAAUUGAAAGAAAUGAAAUAGCAAAGUAUUUAAAUUCUGACACUAUGGCUCCCACUAAUAGUUUAAAUUUCAAAGCAUUUCGUUAUAAACUUGGAAUAGCUGAAGGUAUUGAGGACUUACCGCCAGGAAAGCCCUUACCAUUAGAAGUAAAUUGUGAUUAUUUGCAUGGGGUCAGUUUUCAUAAAGGUUGUUACGUUGGUCAAGAACUUACAGCACGUACUUAUCAUACUGGAGUAGUAAGAAAACGUUUAAUGCCUUUAUUAUUCAAUGAAGUUCCAAAUAAAUCUUUUGCGUACGAUGAAAAGAUUAUUAAUGAAUCUGGUAAUGUAGUAGGUAAAUUUAGAGGAAUUGAAAAUGAAUAUGGAUUAGGUUUAAUACGAAUUACUGAAGCUCUAAAAGCUCAAUCCCUUACUAUAUCAGAUAUUGAAUUAAAAGUUUCAAAACCUGUUUGGUGGCCACAAGAAACUCAAGCACAAAGCGCAUCAUUUACUAAAAAAUAAUAGAUACAUGUUUUCUAAAAUUGUAAUGUAUAAAUAUAAAAUAAAUAUGUUAUGAGAAGAAA